AUGCCUGUUCUCAACACCUUCCGCACGGAAAACACGACCGUAUUCACGGGUGCGCAGGUCGUUGCGGCACCGCCAAAACAGGAGGCAAAAUCCGUCCUCACUGCGGCCAAACCCUUCCUCACCGGCUCGAUCGCGGGCUGCUUUUCGACGUGCUGCAUUCAGCCGAUGGACAUGAUCAAGGUGCGGAUUCAGCUGAAUGCGGCCUCCGGCGCCGCCGCCUCGCCCGUCGGCAUCGCCUCCAAGAUGAUCGCCGAGGAGGGCGUCGCCUCGCUCUACGCAGGCCUAUCUGCUGGGCUCACCCGCCAAGCGCUGUGCGCGCUCGCGGCGGGCGGCAUCGCUGCGGUGGUGGGCAACCCAGCCGACCUCUCCCUCGAGGCGCACAGCGCCUAG